AUUAAAGUCACGUGGUAUGAGACAGAAAAACAAGAUGGCGGUCGAAUGGACAAGGGAUAAAGUUGAACGUUUGGCAGAGUUGUGGGAGGCUAAACCAGUAUUGUAUAAUACAACGCUCCCUGACUAUCAUGAUAGAGUGGCUAGGAGGAAUGCAAUUGCGGAGAUAGCGAAUGCUUUAGAAAUGAGUGCAAUGGAUGUUUCUUGCAAAAUCAAAAACCUUAGAAGUCAGUUCUGCAAAGAAAUUGCCAAAGGCACCAAACCCAAAAGUGGUUCUGCCACAGAUGAUGUCACACCAAAGUCCAAAUGGCAAUAUUUCACACUGCUUUUGUUUUUAAAAGAUCAUGUGGAAUGUAGAUCAUCUCGCUCCAAUCUUGAUAAAGAGAGAUCAAGUAAAAAUAGCAACACUAGCAACUCUACUUUUCUUGAAGAAGAGCAAGAACAAAAAGAUGAUAACAAUGAACUAGAUCAAAAUGUUUCAACCACAUCUUCCACAAAGCGCCCAAUUAAUGUCUCAGACAAGGAAUCAAGAGCUACAAAAGCACAAAAAAGAGAUAUUGAAGAAAGAGGAAUUUUGAAAAAAGCUGGAGAUCUCCUAGAAAUUAUUGCAUCAGGGAAAAAAUCAAGCUUGAGUUCAGUCCAUGUUUCUUCUGCUGAUGAAAGUACUGAUGAUUUGUUUGGAAGGUAUAUUGCAUCUGAAAUUAAAUGUAUUGAAAAUGAUUCAGCAAAAAGGUUGGCUAAAGUACGAAUACAGAAUAUUUUGUUUGAAGCACAGUCAACUUCAGUUUGUACAACUUUCUCCACUACAAGUCCAGUACCCUAUUCCAAUUCUCACUACAGUCACAGCCCAUGCUCAUCUGUACAAUCAGGCACUAGUGACAGUCCUAGUCCUACAUCUUAUCAGCCUUUGACUAAUCAAUUGGUAUUUGAUCAGAUGGCUGAAAAGACCUACCAAACUCUUUAGAACAAGAACAAGAACAAAAAUAAAUAUAAAUAGUUGUUUGCUUUUUAUUUUAUACAAAAACUAGUUGAUAACAAAAGUUGGUGACACAGAAGGUAAAAAAACAUGUUUUUUAGUAAAUUUACAUGGGUGUUGUGCUUGACAAUCUUUCAUUUUUUGUCUAUAAUAUCAUGCAAUACUUUGUACCAUUUUGGUCUAAAUAAUCAAAUAUUACUAACCCAAGA